AUGUGAUCAGCUGUGUCCAAUCACAUGGGACCUGUACACUGAUGAUCAGUGUAGCUCCAGCAUUGCCACCUGUCAGUGUCCAUCUGAGCUGCCUUUCAGUGUCACCUAUCAGUGCCGGUCAGUGCCACCUAUCAGUGCUGCCAAUCAGUGCCACCUAUCAGUGCCAGUCAGUGCCGCCUAUCAGUGUGCAUCAGUGCCGCCUAUCAGUGCCGGUCAGUGCCACCUAUCAGUGCUGCCAAUCAGUGCCACCUAUCAGUGCCAGUCAGUGCCGCCUAUCAGUGUGCAUCAGUGCCGCCUAUCAGUGCCCGUCAGUGCUGCCUAUC